AUGUCGGAAACUAAGAGCGAUCCUUUUCAAGAAUCGGGAAGUGGAUACGUUCCGAGUGAUUUGGACCAACCCAGUACAAGUAGAGCUUUGGAUGAAAGGUCUACUAAAACAAAAAAGAAGCGCGUUCGCAGAAGUUUUGAUGGGUCGACACUGAGAGAAAAAAGAGGUAAAAACGAGUCUGACACAUGUCAAACUUGUGACAGGUUACAAAAUCUUAUACUUGCCGAGUUAGAACUCGAAAAUAAGAAAGCACUUCAGACUGAAAAAGAUCUCCAUGUUCGUAAAUUCGAAAUGUUUUACAAGAAAUUAAAAGAAGUUACGAUUCUCAGUAAAGAAGAUGAGACCACGGAAUUAUUAUGUUUUGACUUCCAGCAGAAUUUUCCGCUACCCCAUGUACCAGCAGGAGAUGUGUUUUAUAAAAGACAACUUUGGGAAUAA